AUGCGCGAAGUCGAGGAAAGACCGGAACUACCAGUGGACAGCACGCAAGAAUCGGAAACACAGUUAGUGAGGGAGGCUCUAAUGGACGAACUGCAUGUCGACACUUUACCAACAUAUUACGUAUCAUACAGUGAACCACUGAUGCUACAACAGCAAAAUAUGGCGCAAGAUAUAGUACUAACGCAAGAGGAUCUACUAACUGCCAAAGAGUCACGGACACAUAGGGAGAUUAUUAGGGAGACGAGAAGGAUUGAGACUAUUACAGUGGAAAGGAUAAUAGAGGACGCAGAAGCAGCUAACGUCCGAACUGCGACAGAAGAGUCUAAAACAGCUACAGAAAGUCGCAGCGGCACUGUCAGAGAAUCUCACACAAUAGAGACCCAUGUGAGAGAAGAGGUGAUGAACGAAGAGCCUCACCCGGUGUCGGGUAACCUGAUCACUGCAAGGGAAUUAAAGCAACGGGAAAUUAUCCAGCCUGUGUCUGAGGAUGUCGAUGUGGAUAUGUCCACAGCAAGGGCUCGCUCACCGUUCGAGGAGAUGUCCACUGCUAAGGCAUCACGGGUGACUGAAGAGAUGUCCACCGCGAGAACUCGCUCUCCGUUCGAGAUGUAUACAGCAAGGAGUCGAUCACCGUCUACAGCAAGAACUAGCUCGUUGUCUACAGCAAGAAUUCGUUCGCCAUUCGAGGACAUGUCCACAGCUAGAGCAACACGUUUAACCGAAGAGAUGUCCACUGCAAGAGCUCGCUCGCCAUAUGAGGAUCUGUCCACUGCAAGAGCU